AUGGCAGAGGCUAUUGUUUCCUUUGCUGUGGAAAGGCUAGGUGACCUGUUAAUCCAACAGGCAAGUUUCUUACAUGGGGUGAGCGACAAAGUUACUGAAAUUCAAGCUGAGCUAAGGACGAUGAAAUGCUUUCUGAGAGAUGCAGAUGCAAGACAAUAUGAAAGUGAGGUUAUUCGCAAUUGGGUUGCAGAAAUCAGAGAGGCAGCUUAUGAUACCGAGGACAUCAUAGAGACUUAUGCCUCCAAGGCUGCGCUGAGCAGGAGAAGCGACCUCCAAAACAAUCUCAAGAGGUAUGCUUGCUUCUUAUCAGAAUUUAAAGCACUCCAUGAGGUUGGAACAGAGAUUGACGCCAUAAAAAGCAGAAUCUCCCGUCUGACUGCAAGUUUACAAAGCUAUAACAUAAGGAGCAUAGCAGAAGGAGAAGGCUCUGGUUUCAGAACUGAGAGCCAACGAUUGCCUAGGAGGACUUAUUCCCAUGUUGUCGAUGAAGAUACAGUUGGGGUGGAGGAUGACGUGGAGAUUUUGCUGGAACAGUUGAUGAAACCAGACAAGAUAUGCUCGGUUGUUUCCAUAUGCGGCAUGGGGGGUCUGGGAAAGACUACUCUUGCCAAGAAGGUUUAUCAUCAUGCUCAUGUUAGGCGUCAUUUUGACCAUGUUGCUUGGAGUUCCAUAUCUCAAUACUUCAAUAUCAGAGAUGUUGUACAAGGAAUAUUGAUCCAGCUCACCUCUGCUAAUGAAGAGCACAAAAAGAAAAUCCGCAACAUGAGGGAUGAGGAGCUAUUCGAGAGCGUGUAUAAAAUUCAAGAGGAAAAGAAAUGUCUUUUGAUUCUGGAUGAUAUGUGGAAAAUAGGAGACUGGGAGAAUCUAAAACCUGCCUUUCCACUGCAUAAGGCGGGUAGUAAAAUACUGCUCACCACUCGGAUCCAAGCAGUGGCUUCAUAUGCGGAUCCACAAGGCUUUUUGUACCAACCAGAGCUUUUAUCUGAGGAGAAGAGUUGGGAGCUUCUUCGAACCAAAGCAUUCCCCAGAGAUGAUAAGAGAGAUUUCAUAGCUACAACAUUGGACUGUCACGAUGAGAAGUAA